CCCCAUUUGCCGCGGCGUAAAACACCCGCCUCUGCAUCGACACCGAUGGCCUUGAAAAAAAGCGCGAACAGUAUCCUUCACCACCCCGCUCUUCCCAGUAUUUGGCCGCUAUGCAAUUCAGUCAUUUCCUCGAUAAGAUUCGCAUUCGGGCUGAGGAGGUCGACUACCACGAUGCAGACGACGCGGAAGUCAUCAAGUGUCAGCCAGACCUUCUCCCGGUACCUCCAUUACCUGAAGGACCGAGGAAAUGGGACGCGUUUCAUUUGGCCGGAUACUGGAUUGCUGAGGCGUUUGGUACCAGCCAGUAUCAGGUAGCUUCAACGGCUGUCGCAAGCGGUUUAUCGCCAGGCUCAACAAUUGGCGCAGUCUUCCUGGGGCAUGUUUUGGUCUCUAUUGCAUGCGCAUGUAAUGGAUGGAUAGGCGCCACGUACGGUAUCAAUUUUCCGGUGUUCUCAAGAGCCUCUUUUGGGAUUAGAGGAACAGCUAUCGCUGUCACUUGCCGUGCAGUCGCAGCAAUCGUAUGGUUUGGCACUCAAACAUAUCAAGGUGGACAAUGCGUCCAGGUCAUGUUAGGCGCAAUCUGGCCUUCGUUCAAAUCCUUCCCAAACCAUCUGCCCACCAGUGCUCAUGUCACGUCCUCACAGCUAUUAUGUUUCUUUAUCUUCUAUAUAAUUCAGCUGCCUCUUUUAUGGAUCCACAUCUCCAAGCUCCGUUAUCUCUUCAUGGUCAAGGUCAUUAUCAUGCCUAUCUUCGGCUUCACAUUGUUCGGUUGGGCCGUCGGCCGCGCUCACGGAUUCGGUCCCGUAUUCAGCCAAGGAACCAAAACUACAACGACUCCUGCUGCGGUCUUGUUCUUUUCGGCGAUGACUUCAGCCAUUGCUCCAAAAGCUACACUGGCUCUCAAUAUAUGUGAUUUCACACGAUACGCCAAAAGUAGGCGCACCGUUGUAUGGACCAAUAUCCUCUCGUUGUCCAUCCCAGUUACGCUUUGCGCCAUUCUCGGAGUUGUGGUAACAUCUGCCGUUGAAGUCAUUUACGGUGUUACUACAUGGAAUCCUCUACAAGUUUGUGACCUUUGGAGUAGCCGUGCCGCACAAUUUUUUGCUGCUUUCUGCUGGUCUCUGGCCGUCAUUGCGACGAACAUCUCGGCAAACUCCACUGCCGUCGGCAAUGACUUGGCAAUCUUAUUUCCCGAGUACAUUAACAUUCGUCGCGGUCAAUACAUUUGUGCGAUUCUUGGUGUGGCUGCCUGCCCUUGGAUUGUCCAAAAUUCUGCCGCGUCGUUCACUUCUUUCCUUGGUGGAUACAGCAUAUUCUUAGCCCCCAUUUCCGGAAUCUUGUUGUCUGACUACUUCAUCCUUCGGCAUCAGAAUUUCGAAAUCCCCGCACUCUACCGUCACGGCCGUGGCCAAUACUGGUACACCUCCGGGUUCAAUUGGCGUGCAAUAGUGGCAUUUACUCUUGCACUCAUCCCAAACCUUCCCGGAUUUGCCCGCAAGGUCAACUCCCACCUAAAUGUUCCUGUCGGCGCUACGUAUCUCUUCUCCGUCGUCUGGCCUGUGGGAGUGGUAGUUGCAUCUGUGUUUUACCUCACCUUCAGCUUCCUCUUCCCUCCGCUCAUCGAGAGAAAGGAUAUUCAACCCACUUUCACUAGCAAGGACGAUAGUUUGGCGGAUAAGAAGGAUGAGAAGGACCAUUCUGCGACUAUUCACGUCCAAGGGGUUUAGUUUGAUUCAUGAUUACGACAUCCUAUGUGGUAUUUUAUUGGUUUGCAACAUUCUAUUAGAUUUACAUUAACGCCGUACUGAUGAUUUGUAUAUUUGACCUCUAUAUGAUAUAUAAGAUGUUGGCGUAUCCAGCCAUAUUUAACACCGACACAUGUAACGGCGGGCUGAC